GGUGAUAGUGUCAACAGCUUGGUCAAGGUGGCAUAAUGUCUCAGUUGUCUUGUGGUAGCCGUAGGGUGAAGUACUACACCUCCAUCUAGGGUUGUGAAGUGACUGAAACCUAUUACAAAAAUUAAACUAACCCUAAAUUAUUCAAAAAAAGGGGGAAUUAAAUAGAGAGAAGUACUACACCUCCAUCUAGGGUUGUGAAGUGACUGAAACUUAUUACAAAAAAUUAAACUAACCCUAAAUUAUUAAAAGGGGGAAUUAAAUGCCGCCAUAUAAUAUACAAAAACCUGGUGAUUCACUUAAACUAGAAAACAUCAACAAUAUGGAAGGAGAUGAUGGUCUUAGGAGUAAUUUAUCCCAUCAGGAGUUAAUUACUGACCCAGAGGUAAUUGUGGUGACCUCUAACAAUGGUGACCAGGAAGUUGAAGAGGAACAACAGCCUCGGAGGGUCACCAAGACACAGGUCAUUACAGUUGCUGUCCUGUGCUACGUUAACCUCAUCAACUAUAUGGAUAGAUUUACAAUAGCAGGUAUUCUCAUCAACAUCCAGCACACGUUUAGCAUCAAUGACUCCCAGUCUGGCCUUCUACAGACAGCCUUCGUCUUGGUCUACAUGGUCAUGGCUCCUAUGUUUGGUUUCUUGGGCGACAGAUUCUCCAGGAAAUAUUUAAUGGCGGUUGGGAUCUUUUUCUGGAGUCUUUCAACCGUUGUGGGGUCUUUUAUGCCGGUAAGACUCGUUCAUCACUGUUUUAUAUCAUGUAAGACUCCCCUUCGUGACUAACCUAACCCAACCUAACUUUUCCCA